CAGACUUGGACCCCCUCGACAGCAAAUACGUGGACGCAACGCGGAGCGUCAAGGAAGCCAUUGUCUUUCUCUUCGGGUGUGGGAGGGCUGCUGACACCGAUGAGCGCCAGUGGAAACAGCUCCAAUUGAACCACACAACUGGAAUGUUAACUCUAGGUUUCUUAGACAAGAAGCCCGCGUCAUCCUCUAAAUCUAGACUUCAGUGCAGUGGAUAACCUCCUCCUGAAGCAUCCCCUAGUGAAUUUGUAACGCCAGUGGAUGACACAGCUCCCAUCCAGACAGCAAACCAAAGAAGCGCAUUUCCCUGUUAACAGAUCCUCCCAAUUGGCCAUCGGUGAUCCUUUUUCAAAUACCAUAUUUUUUUAACUCUGUUGAUAACCAAGGCUUCUCGAGCCACCUGAGGUCAUGGCUCCUGGGAUGGAGGCAGCGGACAUUGUGGUGGUGGGACUCUAUUUUGUCCUGGUGCUUUCCAUUGGCUUGAUUGCCACAUGGAAGGCCAAUCGCAGCACUGUGAGUGGAUACUUCCUGGCCGGCCGCUCGAUGACAUGGGUGGUGGUCGGCGCGUCCCUCUUUGUCAGCAACAUAGGAAGUGAACACUUCAUCGGCCUCGCGGGAUCGGGGGCGGCCAGCGGCUUCGCCGUCGGUGCGUGGGAGUUCAACGCACUCCUUCUCCUGCAGCUCCUCGGUUGGGUGUUCAUCCCCGUGUACAUCCACUCUGGUGUCUACACCAUGCCCGAGUACCUGUCGAAGCGCUACGGGGGCAACAGGCUGAAGGUUUACUUUGCCACCUUGUCCGUGCUGCUCUACAUUUUCACCAAGCUCUCUGUGGACUUGUACGCCGGUGCCCUCUUCAUCCAGGAGUCCCUGGGCUGGAACAUCUACCUGUCGAUCAUCCUGCUUGUCAGCAUGACGGCCCUGCUGACCAUCACCGGGGGGCUGGUGGCCGUCAUGUACACCGACGCUCUUCAGGCUGUGCUGAUGAUCGGGGGGGCCCUCACCCUGACCAUCCUCAGCCUGAUCAAGGUCGGUGGUUUGGAUGGAGUCAGGACAAAGUACAUGCAGGCGAUUCCCAACGUCACCGCCAUUCUCGCGACUGGCAACUUCUCCUACUUCCCCUCCUGUCGCAUCGAGCCCAAGCCAAACUCCCUGCGCCUCCUUCGGGGCCCUUUGGACGAAGACAUUCCCUGGCCAGGCUUCCUCCUUGGGCAAACCCCAGCUUCUAUCUGGUACUGGUGUGCGGACCAGGUCAUCGUACAGAGGGUUCUCGCCGCAAAGAACAUCGCACACGCCAAAGGAGCCACUCUCAUGGCCGGGAUCCUGAAGGUCCUGCCCAUGUUCCUCAUUGUCAUUCCAGGUAUGAUUUCCCGCAUUCUGUUCACAGAUGAGAUAGCCUGCAUCGGGCCGGAGCACUGCCUGGCUGUGUGUGGUUCUAAGGCCGGCUGCUCCAACAUCGCCUACCCGCGCCUGGUCAUGGCGGUGAUGCCCGUUGGACUCCGAGGACUCAUGAUGGCUGUCAUGAUAGCGGCUCUUAUGAGUGAUCUGGAUUCCAUUUUCAACAGUGCCAGCACCAUCUUCACCCUGGACAUUUACCAGACCGCCCGGAAGCGCGCAACCCAGAAAGAGCUGCUGGUGGUCGGCCGGAUGUUUGUGGUAUUUAUGGUGGCCAUCAGCAUUGCUUGGGUUCCCGUCAUUAUUGAGAUGCAAGGCGGCCAGAUGUACCUGUAUAUCCAGGAGGUGGCCGGCUACCUCACGCCCCCGAUUGCGGCCCUCUUUUUGCUGGGCGUGUUCUGGAAACGUUGCAACGAGAGAGGCGCGUUCUGGGGUGGGAUGACCGGCCUGACCCUGGGCACCUUCCGCCUGGUGCUUGCCUUCAUCUACAGGGAGCCUCGCUGUGACCUGCCAGACGACCGCCCCCUCUUCAUCAAACAUGUCCACUACAUGUACAUCGCUGCCGGCCUCUUCUGGAUUUCGGGAUUUGUGGCCGUGGUGGUCAGUCUCUGCACCAGUCCCCCGGAUCAGGAGCAGGUGCGCACCACUACAUUGUGGGGCCUGCGACGCAUGCUGAAGUGUCCCCGUAAAGGUCUGGAGGAAUCCCACAGCCUCACGGACAAGCAGGGCAACGGAAGCCUCCACAAAGAUCUGCCGGAGGAUGUCCGCAACGACAGGUGCCUGGAUGAGGCCAACGUCAAACUCCUGGUGCGGUCCACGGACCACGACCCCGCCACCCCCACCUCGGAGACCAACCCGAUCGCCACGCCCGCAGAGCACAUCGACAACAGGAAGCUGGACCGAGAAGAAGAUGGCAGCCAAGCGAUUAGGAAGCGAAGCAACUAUCGGAUGUUCCUGGACUGUUUUUGUGGCUAUAAGGACGGAGCGCCGAAUGAGGAGAAACUGACCAAGGAGGACGAGAGGACCAUAGAGGAUAUGUUGUACGAGCCACCCCGGAUUAAGGCGACUCUCAACGUGGGUCUCUUUUGCGUCUGCUCUUUGGGGGUCUUCAUGUUUGUUUAUUUCUCACUAUAGUUUUAGUGGGCACUGAACUAAAAGGCAAAUUUGCGCUGUGUUUGAGUUCGGGGAUCCGUAGAUUCAUCAAAAAAUGCACAAUUAAACUUUUCCGAGGUUUGAAAAGCGCUGUAAUAUUUACAGUUUAUAUUUGUCUGUUGUUGCUCUUUAACAAGGAUUAUAAGCUUAUUAGUAUCAUGUAAUUUGGUCGACUUUAAAGGACACUUUAACGUGAACUUUCGUGAACAGUGCUUAUUGUUGUCCAACUAUAAUUGGAUUUGUUUUCAAUUGUACUAAAUUCAUUAUAAUAUUUGCCUUAUCUGAGCUAUGCACUGUUUUCUUUAUUUUUUGCUUAAUCAAUUAUGUAUGUAUCGUACUGUUAUACUAUGGUAUGGUAAUGUAUUUCUCUGCUUAUGUAGACACACUACUUAAUUCAAGUUUUUCUAUCUAGGUUUCUGUUUCCUUUUUGCUCAGAAUCCAUUUAGGUGAAACAAAUGUGUUCUUCCGUUUCCGGAGUAUGGUGGCAUGUUAUUGGAAUGCUUAUGUCCAUACAGCAGAUUAGGCAAUCUUUAACUGUUUUUUGGGCCUGAAAGACGAUUGUAGAAAUCAAAUUUAUUGUUAAGAUCAUGACACGAUCAUGACACAUUCAUCCACCCUAAUAUUGGAAGAGUUAAUCUAUCUUGUUGCAUUGUUUCAAAUGUGAAUUUCAUGAAUCUUUACAAAUAUAGUUCCCAGCUUACUCCAAUAGCUUUGUUACAGACUGCUUGAGUUUAAAUGUGUUAUAAAUAUUUGGUGUUCUUCCUAUGUGAAUAACAUAAUGUACAUGCCAUAUCUUUCCAUAUAUUUAUAUUGGUCUUCAUGUUGUAUUGCACUUCAUGUUCACUACACUUUCAUCUCAAGUCUGUUAAUGUGGCUUAACACUACACAUUACACAUUUUUCACGUGCAUAUUCCUACCAAACGUGUCUUAGUGUGGAUUGCUGAAGCAACGAAACUAAGAACAAAAAGGAAGCUAAUUUUUGAGUUUUCAAGAUGUUGUUUAGUGAAUUUCCGGCUCCCUGGUCAACACCAAGAGAUAUUUAAUAUAGGCUUAUUGUAGUUCACCACCAACUAACACACGCACACACACACACACACACACACACACACACACACACACACACACACACACACACACACACACACACACACACACACACACACACACACACACACGGAUUACAAGAUACAGGCUUUCUAUGGGAGGUUUAUCCUGUCUAAUGUCCAACAAAGAAUACAUUAAUAAAAAGAAAAGUGGUUUGAUAAUAACUAAAUGAAGUAGUUUUGUCUUGUUGAGAAUAUAUGAUUUUUUAUGGAUUUUAUUUUUCGAGCUCAAUAAAGUUCCUGCAAACACAA